AUGUCUUCGGCCGCGGUGCAGCAGACCGGUCCCACCAUUUCCAGCCGCGGGCAGUACCAGCAGCCGCCUCACGGCCGCGACCAGUACUACCAGCAGCCUGCCCCGGCGCAGAGCUCGCCGAGGAACAAGUCCGCGCGCCCGGGUGGGAAUGGGGAGCCCUCCACACCGCAACAAUCGCAACAUUACUCGCCGUCCGCCUCCAACACCUCCGACAUGACAACUCCGCGCGCGCAGCCCGCGUCGUCGUCAACCCAGCCGUCGCCCGUCAUCGCUUCGUCCCCGUACAAUGCUCACCAGGGUCCUGUGCCGCCGCCUCGCACUUCGUCGACCCAUCGCACCUCCGCCCAGCCCGUACAAGACCCGUACUACAGUCAACGAUCUACAGAUGAACGCCCGCCGUCGUCCCGCACCGCCUCGCAGAAUAUGAGGGAAGAUCCUGCCAGCGCCGCUGCAAACGCCGCCCAGCGCCGACGCCAGCCGUCCCGCGAGCAGCAACCCUACCAGAACAGCCCCUCGUCGUCGUCUCGGACAAAGCAGACGCCGACCCACAGCCGCUCUGCCACCGCCGUCGGCACCCCGCCGAUGGGAUCCAACCUGCCCCGCGAAGAGAGCACGGUCAUCAACCGCCUGGUCAUCGCGGAUCCCCAAGAGGACAUUGCCCGUGAGCAGGCCCGUAUGGCGGACACGCGCUCCGGCCCAACUGGCGCCGACAUCACGCCAAUCACCGGGCUGGGCCUUGUGGGGAACGAUGGUGUUGACGAUGGCGGCCGGGGUGCUGGAAAGAGCCGGCAGGACCACUCCAGAGAAAAGCGGAGGGAAACCAAGUUCGGCGAGUAUAUCCUCGGCCAGACCUUGGGCGAGGGAGAGUUCGGCAAGGUAAAGAUGGGCUGGAAGAAGGACGGCGGAGUCCAGGUUGCUAUCAAGCUCAUCCGGAGAGAAGUCCUCGGCUCCAACCCCAGCCGCCUCCCCAAAAUCUAUCGCGAGAUCUCCAUCCUGCGUGGAUUGCAGCACCCUAACAUCGUUCGCCUGCAUGAGAUGGUCGAGACAGAACGACACAUCGGCAUCAUCCUGGAGUACGCUUCCGGCGGCGAGCUCUUCGAUUACAUUCUGAACCACCGCUAUCUCAAAGAUAAUUCGGCGCGCCGCCUGUUUGCCCAGCUGGUUUCUGGCGUAGGCUACCUGCACAAGAAAGGUAUCGUGCACCGCGACCUGAAGCUCGAGAACCUUCUUCUCGACCGGAACAAGAACAUCAUCAUCACUGAUUUCGGUUUUGCCAACACUUUCGAUCCCAUCGAUGAGCUCGGGGACGAGAUCGAGUACAACCUUGGAAAUAAGGAGUUCGUGAAGAAAGCGGGGCUGGAGAUCGUCGGCGACGGUGGACAUCGCCGGGGAGAUCUGAUGCAGACGAGCUGCGGAAGUCCGUGUUAUGCUGCACCAGAGUUGGUCGUGAGCGACUCAUUAUAUACCGGCAGAAAAGUUGACGUCUGGAGUUGUGGCGUCAUUCUGUACGCCAUGCUGGCUGGGUACCUUCCGUUUGACGACGAUCCAGCCAACCCCGAAGGUGACAACAUCAACCUGCUCUACAAGUACAUUGUCUCCACACCCCUCACCUUCCCCGAAUACGUCACUCCGCACGCCCGCGACCUUCUAAAACGCAUACUCGUUCCCGAUCCACGUAAACGAGCCGACCUUUUCGAGGUCGCCCGGCACAGCUGGUUGAGCGAAUAUGCGCACGUCGUUGGAUUCAUCACCAGCAGCACUACGACGUCGAGUGACAUCGCCAACACGACCGUCCCGCCAGAGGAUCCGUACGAAGUCCCGCAACUGGCUCGCAGUGCAUCCGUGCGCGAAGCCAGCAAGCAGCACACGUCUGUCGCUGCCGUUGGUGGUCUGACCCAAAAGCACGGCCACAUCGACCAAACCGAGUCACCGGACAAGCAAGGCAGACGGGACGCAAAGCGCAGAACGGUGCAGGUCGAAUAUGUUGCACCCCACACACAGACGCAAAGAGGCGGAGAGUCUUCAACGGUUACAGCGGGCUCCACGGCGCCCCUGUCUCAAGGCGGCGCCCAGCGCUCUCGCUCCAGAGACCAAGGCCCAGUGGAGGUGCCAUCUUCUGAUGGAUACGCCUCUUCAACUACCAGGCAACGUCGUCCUUCGGCAGGAUCUGCACAACAGGUGCCAGCCGCCGCGCGCCAGACCCGCGAAGGGCCCCGCACUGUUUCCGACUCGCCAUUUGGAAAUGCCCCUGUCACUUCUUCGGCAAGGCCGUCCACCGGUGGCACUCUGGGUGGAUCAUCAAGACUUCCUUCGCGCGGAAACUCGUACGGUCAGCCUGUCGCGGCUACGGUCGCGGCUACUAAUGCCCAAGGCCGUUUCUCGCAGCCCAAGGGCAAGCAGUACGUCAUUUCUGCACCGAUGCCGCAGGAUCAGGAUCCUGCCAUGGGACAGCCAUCAACCCAAAGAAUGCCAUCUGCUGGCUACCAGCCACAACCAGAAGCGCAGCACACGCAGCGUAGUAGUCACAAGCGAUCCAAUACCGUUGGAGGCAUUGGAGAGAAGAUUUUCAGGACGUCCCUGUUCGGCGGAAGCUCAAAGUCUCAGAAGUCCUAUCCUCCUGUCAGCAUGAACAACUCGAUGAACAGCGGAGACAGUAACAGGAAGUCUACUGAGUCCUCUCGCCGUCCUUCUUUGAGCUUCAGCCGCAAGACCAGCGACGGUGCUCGCCCAGGGGACAGAUCGUCGCGCAGGUUCUCCCUGCUACCCGCCUCGUUCUCCAUGAAGAGCUUCACUGGUGGGAACAAGGAGUCGGCUGGCACAGGCGACCGCCGUUCGAUGGGAGGGCGGCAACGGGCACCAUCCCGGCCGCAAAUGGCAUUCGGACGCGGUGAAAGCCCUGCUCCCAGCCAGAGCACGGGCAACACGAUACCUAUCACUUACGACGACCUUGACCGUCGUCGCACGGGUGAGACGACUGACGUACGCCAGAAGCGCAGGAGUCAAAUGUCGGGACGCGGACCGACGUCAGCGCCGGCAGACCAGACUCAAUUCGCGGCCCAGCCGGCGUAUCAGUACGAAGACAAUGGCAUGCAGCAGUACCCGUCGAAUUCGGAGCAGGGCAACUACUACCACGGCAAUGAAUCGGACCUUUCGUCCCAAGGCCCGCAGUCGCUGCCGUAUCGAUCGCGCAACGCGGAGUACGACAGUGCGGAGGCAGUGUCAGAACCGCGGGAAGGGCGGGCUCGUGUGCUCCAGAAGAACCGUCGGUUUGCAGAUGCGUAUGAAGACAACCAGAAGCACUCUGGUAGCUCGGGCGCGGCGCGCAGGGUCAUGGAUCUCUUCCGUCGCCGCGGAAAGGCCAGGGGUGGCUGA